UGUCUCUGAAAGAAAUUAUGUGCUAUAGAUAUACUGACAUCUAUGCAACGCUCUCUCUCGUAGCAACACACUUAAGUAUGUGGCUGUUGCUCUUUUUCAUUUGCUACAAAGCCGAGGAUGGCUACGGCCUCGAAUCUCUCCAUUGUCAAUUAUGGAGACGGCUUCUCAUACACCGAAAGUGAACUCGCUUACUAUCGCUUUCAUGUUCCUGAUGUACAAGCAGCUCUUGGGUAUAUUCUCCCUGUUGUGUCCGAUGCCCUUCGUAAUCUUCCUGACUGGGUAGUUGAUGAUACCACGCACAGCUUAUACCUUGAAUGCGGCAAGAAUCUGGAAGAAAUGAAGAAGACGGUGUUCGCUUUGCGAGAUAUAAGAAAAUUCGACGUCUUGAGCAGAUGGCGCAAUGAAAGAUUUCCAGUUUACGGCUCGAAUAAGGAAGUCCUCUUUCACCUCGAAAGAAGUGCAUGUCCACUACUUGGCGUGGUCACAUAUGGGGUUUGUACGACCCCAGACUGAAUCUGCAUUUUUUUAGGAGGAAGGAAUAAUAAGGCCCUCCCGGGUCCCAUAUCGCAGGUAUGAACACUUAGUGUGGCUUUUUUUGUCCGUGAUUGUGCCUGUAAAGACUUGUAUGCUCCCAAUAUGCACGUUCCCAGCUCUCCGAUGAAUAUCCUGGAUGAUAUGGAGUAUUGUAGCUCUGUUGAGCCUAUUCUGUCUCUCUGUGUAGUCGGGAUAUUAAAAGUAUUUUGCCUUUAUUAUAAAUAUAGGUGCUAUAAGUUUUGGGAAAUAAAUAACAGAG